AUGGACGCCUGCAAUAGAAUGGAGCCAAUUAAACAGGAUAUCCCUGAAAAGGACAUGAAGUUUACAUCAUUUGAAGUCUUCAAGGAUGAAAAGAGGGUUUUAGAUAUUUCCUGCUUGUUCCAAGUGACAGCCCAGAUUCCAUAUGAACUGGAGGAAGGUCAAGCACUCAUCACUUUUGAGGCGGAAGAAGUUGCCCAAAAUGUGAUCAAAAAGGGAAAAUAUCUCGUGAACUUGGAGGAUGGAAAGGUGGAACUGGAGGCUAAGCCUGUGCCACUCAAAACAGGUGUCACCUUUCAGGUCCACAUAAAGGUUUCUCAAAAGAAGAUCAACGUUUCCAACAUUCCCGAGGAGUUACCCAGAGAGCAGAUGAGAGACAAACUAGAACUGAGCUUCUGUAAAUCCCACGAGGGCGGAAGCGAGGUCGAAAGCAUGGAUUACGAUCCCCAGGCCCAAACUGCCGUCAUUAUGUUCCUGGAGGCAGGAGUUGCUGAAAAUAUUUUGAGAAAUAGUAUACCUCUCAAAACAAAUGAAAACUGCUAUGACGUUACUGUUUCUCCAUAUACAGAAACACACUUGGAAAAGUUUCAGGUAUUUGAAGGGAUUUCCAGGAGAACUAUCCUUCUGACUGGUCUGAAAGACAUCCAGGAGGAAGAAGAAGACUUGGAGGAUCUGGUUCAUAUUCACUUUCAAAAGGAGAGAAAUGGGGGAGGGGGGGUAGAGGUUGUCAAGUGUGCCCUGAAGCAGCCUCUGACUGUCCAUUUUGAGGAAGAUAGGAAAGUUUGUGAAGUCAGACGGCUGAUCAGGGACACAGAAUUCGACCACCAUUUGAACUCUGGACUAAAAAGACUCUGCAGGUCUUUCCCUCUUUAG